AUGAAUCCCAACUUUUCUUCUAUGAUUGAUCAGUAUAAACAUCAACAACUCCGAAUUGGAUCAGUUUCUCCUCAACAAAUAAGUACUUGGGCGAAUAAAAUCCUCCCUAAUGGAGAGAGAGUUGGAGAGGUGACAAAACCUUAUACUUUUCAUUACAAAACCAAUAAACCCGAAAAAGAUGGAUUAUUUUGUGAACGCAUUUUUGGGCCUAUCAAAAGUGGAAUUUGUGCUUGUGGAAAUUAUCGAGUAAUCGGAGAUAAAAAAAAAGACCGGAAAUCUUGUGAACAAUGCGGGGUCGAGUUUGUUGAUUCUCGGAUACGAAGAUAUCAAAUGGGCUACAUCAAACUCGCAUGCCCAGUAACCCACGUGUGGUAUUUGAAACGUCUUCCUAGUUAUAUUGCGAAUCUUUUAGAUAAACCUCUUAAAGAAUUAGAAGGCCUAGUAUACUGCGAUUUUUCUUUUGCUAGGCCCAUAGCUAAAAAACCCACUUUUUUACGAUUACGAGGUUUGUUCGAAUAUGAAAUCCAAUCCUGGAAAUAUAGCAUCCCGCUUUUUUUUACUACCCAAGGCUUUGAUACAUUUCGAAAUCGAGAGAUCUCUACUGGAGCAGGUGCUAUCCGAGAACAAUUAGCCGAUCUCGAUUUACGGAUUAUUAUAGAUUCUUCAUUGGUAGAAUGGAAAGAGUUGGGGGAAGACGGUCCCACAGGGAAUGAGUGGGAAGAUCGAAAAGUUGGAAGACGAAAGGAUUUUUUGGUCAGACGUAUGGAAUUAGCGAAGCAUUUUAUUCGAACAAAUAUAGACCCAAAAUGGAUGGUUUUGUGUCUAUUACCUGUUCUUCCUCCUGAGUUAAGACCGAUCGUUCAGAUAGACGGGGGUAAACUAAUGAGCUCGGAUAUUAAUGAACUCUAUAGAAGAGUUAUAUAUCGGAACAAUACUCUUACCGACCUAUUAACAACAAGUAGAUCUACGCCAGGAGAGUUAAUAAUGUGUCAGGAGAAAUUGGUACAAGAAGCCGUGGAUACACUUCUUGAUAAUGGAAUCCGUGGACAACCGAUGAGGGACGGCCAUAAUAAAGUUUACAAAUCAUUUUCGGAUGUAAUUGAAGGCAAAGAGGGAAGAUUUCGCGAGACUUUGCUUGGCAAACGAGUCGAUUAUUCAGGGCGUUCCGUCAUUGUCGUGGGCCCCUCACUUUCAUUAUAUCAAUGCGGAUUGCCCCGCGAAAUAGCAAUAGAGCUUUUCCAGACAUUUGUAAUUCGUAGUCUAAUUAGACAACAGCUUGCUUCGAAUAUAGGAGUUGCUAAGAGUAAAAUUCGGGAAAAAAAACCGAUUGUAUGGGAAAUACUUCGGGAAGUUAUGCGGGGGCAUCCUGUAUUGUUAAAUAGAGCACCUACUCUGCAUAGAUUAGGUAUACAGGCAUUCCAGCCUGUUUUAGUGGAGGGUCGUGCUAUUUGUUUACAUCCAUUAGUUCGUAAAGGAUUCAAUGCAGACUUUGACGGGGAUCAAAUGGCUGUUCAUGUGCCUUUAUCUUUUGAGGCUCAAGCGGAAGCACGUUUACUUAUGUUUUCUCAUAUUAACCUUUUAUCUCCGGCGAUUGGGGAUCCUAUUUCCGUACCAACUCAAGAUAUGCUUAUUGGACUCUAUGUCUUAACGAGCGGGAAUCGUCGAGGUAUUUGUGUAAAUAGGUAUAAUCCAUCUAAUCACAGAAACUAUCAAAAUAAAAGAAUUUAUGAGAAUAACUAUAAGUAUACGAAAGAAAAAGAACCUUUUUUUUGUAAUUCUUAUGAUGCAAUUGGAGCUUAUCGGCAGAAACGAAUCAAUUUAGAUAGUCCUUUGUGGCUCCGGUGGCGGCUAGAUCAACGCGUUAUUGCUGCAAGAGAAGCUCCUCUCGAAGUUCACUAUGAAUCUUUGGGUACCUAUUAUGAUAUUUAUGGGCAAUAUCUAAUAGUAAGAAGUAUAAAAAAAGAAAUUCUUUCUAUAUAUAUUCGAACUACUGUUGGUCAUAUUUCGAUUUAUCGAGAAAUCGAAGAAGCUAUACAGGGGUUUUGUCAGGCCUGUUGA